AUGUCUUUCGAGGUCGUCGACGGCAAAGGACCACGAUGGAUAGGGGAUGGAUUCAGGAUCCCUCCUGAAUUGCAAUACGCACAAGAUUUGCCACCCAGAGUGACUGAGAAAUACGUCUUCUUYUUUGGAUAUGAUCGUCCUGAGAAGGAAUGUUGUCUACAGCAAUGGUACCCCUCGUUCUUCGUGGAGCAUGGAGUUCAGUUUCACACUGCUGAGCAGUUUAUGAUGUACCACAAAGCCCUCCUAAUGAAAGACGAAGAAGUCGCGGGUAGAAUCCUGGAAGCAGAUACCCCUGGCAAGACCAAGGCGUUGGGGAGAGAAGUGAAGAAUUUCCAGCAAAGUGUCUGGGACGAAAAUUGCGAUCGAAUCGUCGAGCAAGGAAAUUAUCUCAAAUUCUCACAGAAUAAGGAUUUGGGGAAAGUCUUACUGUCGACGGGAGAGAGGGGUUUGGUUGAGACGAGUCCAAAUGAUAGACUUUGGGGCAUUGGAUUUAAUUCGGAUGAGGCGGAGGGAAAGGAGAGUGAGUGGGGAGAGAAUAAGCUUGGGAAGGCUUUGGAGAGGGUGAGAGAUAGGUUGAGGAUGGAGGCGAAAUGA